CGAAAUUGGUCCUUAUUGAAGAAUAGUUCUACGCAAUUUUGCAUUUAUUUUUUCAUCUUAUUUGCAAAACUAUUUCUAAAUCACUGGAAGGCGCCCACAUUUUUCACUAACACAAGGAGUAAAAUACAAACAACAGCUGGACUGCUCUAUCAAACCUAUAACUGCCGGACAAAUCGAUAAUCAUCAUACAGCUGGUAAAAGAAAUAAUCGUUAUCGAAAAACACAGGGUGCACUGCAAUACUAAAUGAGCAGCAAGCGCACUCUUUUAUCGACAUCACCUGAUCAUAAAGAACAUACACCAAAAAAAUACGCGCCGUCCCUAAAUAUGAGUGUAAGCAGUCAUCAAGACGUGUUUACAUGGAGCAAACUAUGCGAAGUCCUGGACGACAAAUUGAAGGGUGUAGCAAAGAAAGAAGAUCUGACGGAUAUCAAACAUGAAAUUGAAGAAUUAAAACAUGAGAAUUCUAAAUUAAAGGAAGACAUAAAGAAAUUAACAAACCGUCUAGAACUAGUUGACCAGAAAUCGAGAACCACAAAUAUCAUGGUACCGCCAGCGAAGUCCAAAGGGUUUUAAAUGCUAGAAGUAACCUUAAGGGACAAGCAAUUUUUAUUCAGAAGGAUUACACUGCAGCUGAACAGUCUAUUAGAUACAAUCUCAGGCAAGUUAGCAAAGUAAUAUCUAAGCAUAAAAAAGAUGUAAAAGUACGGCUUGGUGAAUUUUGUAUCUACAUCAACGAUAAACGCUUUACUUGGUUCAAUGGAAAGAUACGUUCUUCCGCUACAAACGAUGUAAAAUUUCUAGAAGAUAUAUUAGCUGAAU